AGAUACUACGCGAGAUACCUCGUUAUCAGGAUGUUAAAUUUGAGCCUCUUGAGAUGGCUGAGUCUUUCUUUCCAACGGUACAAUUACCACCUGAGGCAGAAAUCGAGAGCUCGUACAGCUUAUUUUCUCUAUUUAUCUCUGAUGAACUGGUUACGGUAUUGUCGUCGAAUACCAACUAGUACGCAAAAGCUAAGAAUUCAGGACAGUCUGAACGAGAUUAGCAUGAAAUGACUCCCUCUGAGAUUAAGAUCUUUCUUGCUAUUCUUAUCUAUAUGGGAGUUCACAUCUCCCCUAGAGAUGAGGACUACUGGCAGACUACCGAGCCACUUCAUAUACCACGACGUUUCAUGGGUUUACAGCGAUUUCAGCAGAUCAAACGAUUCUUCCACGUUGCAGACCCUAGGCCAGAAGCUGCUAUACAAGAGGCCAUAAGGCUAAUAAAGCCCAAUCAGAUGUCGUGGUAUAAACUAGAGCUGUUUGCAUCUAGACUUCGUGCAGCUUGUCUACAGUAUUGGAAGCCCUCAAAUGCAGUCUCUAUAGAUGAGACGAUGGCCAAUCAAGCAGGCCAUCACAAGUCUCUUGUUAAGGUUAAGAAGCAUGAGAAUUUGACUCUUACUAGGUCCACGGUUGUUCAACUGGCACAAGAAGGCCUAUCAUCACAGUGCAAUAACUAUACAAUCUAUAUGGACAAUUACUUCUCCGCUAUUCCUUUGUUUGACCAUCUCCGACAGCUAGGGAUUGGUGCUUGUGGAACUACGCGACCAAACGCAUCAAAAAAGCUAUUUCCAAAGGCUCUUCGUGUACUAAAGGAGCCCAAAAAGCUCCAAUAUGAUUGGGUUCCUCGCUUACGAAAACGUCCAGCCAAGUCAUUUACCAGUGCAAAGAACGCCCGCGAGCCAUUUGGUGAUCAACUACUAAGGAGCUUCCAAUACCACGGAUUAUUGAUGACCAUAACUAUCAUAUGGGUAAUGUGGAUCGAGCAAAUCAAUUACGAGCGAGCUAUGAAACUCAUGAGAGAUCUUUGCGCUCAUGGUGGCCUAUAUUCUUUUGGACCCUUGAUGUGGCUAUUAUCAAUGCCUAUUGCAUUGCAAAAUUAG